CACUCGACUACAGAGGCUGAGACAUUCGUGAUGAAUGAAGCGGCGCACCCAGCUGAAGAUUGUUGCAUAGAUUGAUAAUGUGAUAGGAAUGGGAGCUAUCAAAACUCAAAUUUUAAGCCGCAUUGGACUCACCCAGACUCGACCGUUCGCAAUAUCCCAUGAUGCCGCCACAAACUUAGAACUGUGCACUGCCCACCACAAGUGGGAAAACGAAAAAGUAAAGAAGAGAGGAAAAAAAAGGAAAAGAAGAAAAAAAGUCAGCUUAUUCAUGACUGAUCCCCGGAAAAUUGAUAUUAAAAAAAAAACCUCUGCUGGGAAUACCAUUGUCAAUCAGCACAUAUCUUUUGUGACAUAACGAUAAAGCAUCAUGGAAAAGAUCACAGAAGCCGAUCUUGAGAAGGUACUGCAGCAAGCCAAAAAUGAGCUGAUAAAACUGUUCACCAAUGCCUCCACGAAUACGUCGCAGAUUGGUAUCGCCCGAGAACGAGUGGACAUCAUGAACGAGCAGUGGACAACAGCACGGGCGAAGAUUGUCGAGACAUAUGGCGGAAUGGCCAUUUCAUGGGAGCACAAGAUCAACAAGAUGUCAAAGUGGUUCGAGCACGCGACGACUAAAGCCGCAGAGAAGGUGGCAUACGAAACGACGAGCUAUGAUCGAUUGAGCAGCCAUAAAAGGAAGGAUGCAGACCACUACGUGUUUGCAAAUGCUUGGGCUCGUUCCAAAAAUGAAUUCUUCGUAUGGUAUAAGAACGAAUACACAGGCGUAACGCACAUCUGGGAAGCAAAUCCGCUAGUCCCCAGGCUGACGGCGGCAAUCAGAGACGAAUUUCAGACUUGGUUCCAGCGACAAGUCGUCACACAAAGCCUGUUGGAUCAGUCGUCUGCAGCUGCCAUGCACGACUUUCUAAGCGAACGGCCGGAUAUGAUUGUCCUUCUCAAUCUAAUUCCUCGUUUGCCGAAAAUCAAAAGCAUAAGCCAGGGGACCAUCGACCGCCCGGCGGCUGUCGCAGCCAUUGAGCUCACAUUGUCUUUGGUGCCUUUUUUGGGAAACGCAAUAGCAUUGUAUGAAUUGUGGGCAGGCCGCGAUCUAUUCGGCUACGAGCUGAGCCAUGUCGAGCAAGCCAUCCUUGCCGCAUCUAUCCUUUUACCUGUCGCUGGUAGAAUGGUUAAAGGGGGUAGAGCGCUAUACACAGAGGCACGACUCGUCAAGCUCUACGGAAAAAAUGCCGCCUCGUGGGGCAAAGUCUUGAAUGCGUCUGCACGAGCUAGCGAACAACCAGCGGCAAUCAGAUCAAUCGAGGCUGGCGAAGAAGCUCUAGCGAAGCUCGGUCGGGUUGAAGGAAAAAUUGCCCAGGAAGCUGCGGCGGGUGUGAAAGCCGUUGUACACUCGCCCGGCACCCUUCCCAGGUUUGUCGCUCCGGAGACCAAAGUCCUUUGGGAAACACUCUCCAAGAAAUACCCUAUCCUGGACAAGUUGGACGAAAUCGCCCUGGAUAGGGUCCUCAGAAAAGGGCCCAAUAUGAACCAUAUCAAAGGACAAUUGCUGGAAGAACUUGCCGAGUCGCAUCUCAUUCCUAUGCUGAGAGAGCGACAUGUUGGAUUUGCGUUAGGAGUAAAGGUACCCCAAGGAAAGACUCUAGAGUUCAUCCCUGGAUAUUCUAUUAUGGACGCCUCAGGGCGGCAAAUCACGGACGGCGUACUCGGCUAUACGGACAAGCAGGUGUUCAAUAUCCUUGCCAUCUUCGAAGCGAAGGCGGGAAGAAAGGGCGCCAGAGAGUUGACGGUGACAACGACAAGAGUCUCGAAAAUGAGUCAAGAUGACCUGCUUGAAGUGAAAGCGGAAGCCAAGGAGUCUUGGCUGAACGCAAGAGGGAUCGCACGGCGCAAGAAGCAACCCUUCUCUAAAACGGUAGCUGACUUUGAAAAAAAGCUUCUUAAAACCAAAGACAGCGGUCAACUGCAAAGGGACCUUGAGCGGCUGAGUCGGAAUGCCGGAAAACCGUUACCCAAAAUCUACAUCGGUGAAGUAGACACUGCUGUCCGAAUAAGCCCAAACAACACAAAAUUCUUUGGAAUCUUUCCCAAGGGAAUACGAACCAGCUUAGUAGAGGCUGAAGCCAAGGCUGCUGGUUUCAAAUUCGAAGCGUUGACAGUACCAAUUCAUAAGACACAGUUGAACGCUAUGGCACAGGAACUGGCCCCACAUUCUAAACGGAUGGUAACGAAGGAGCAAUAGCGGGAAAGAAUGAUCGGCACGUACUCAACGUGUUCGUAUACCAGAGUGAGGGUGGUAUAAGAAAGUCCAUCAAUAGUUCAUAGUUAUUGGGUUUCUCCUGCUUCAACCUCGUACAUCCCUUUCGUAAGAGCAGGCAGUUGCAACUUCCGACAAUAUCAGUGUUUGGCUUGCCGUUUUGGUUCUGUUUACGUAUCCGUACAAUGAUAACAUUUUGGAAUACACGCGGAGAGAGCAAGGUCAUUGGUAAGGAAAGAAAGAAGAAAAUAGGGCAGAUCGGAUCUAUUCCGAUUUAGUUAAAAUGUCCCAAUGUGAAAAUUUUCAAGCGUGCCUUCACAUCUACCUUGGCCAUCUAGGUUGAAAUCGGCUGCAAUGUGUAUUGAUUAAAACCGCCAACCAUAAAUGAAGGACUUGAGUACGAGUAGA